GAGAGAGAGAGAGAGAGAGACAGAGAGAUGGACGUAAUGCAAGUCCUGCAUAUGAACGAAGGGAAUGGAGAGACUAGUUAUGCUAAGAAUUCAAUGGUCCAGAAGAAAAUCAUGUCCAUAGGGAAGCCCAUAAUAGAGGAAGCUGUACUCGAUUUCUAUUGCACCAACUCUCCUGAGAGGUUCGGCAUCGCGGAUUUGGGAUGUUCAUCAGGACCCAAUACCUUAUUGUUGGUCUCCGAGAUAAUGGACACCGUCUGCCGGAAAUGCUGCCAGAUGGGUUGUCCACCACCGGAGUUCCUGGUGUUCUUGAACGAUCUUCCCUUGAACGACUACAACACUCUGUUUAGGUCCUUGCCAGCGUUCUAUAAUACUCUCAAGGAAGACAAGGGGAGUGGAGUUGGGCCAUGCUUUGUCGCUGGGGUGCCGGGUUCUUUUUACGGAAGGCUAUUUCCAAGAAAAAGCCUUCAUUUUGUGCAUUCUUCGUCAAGUCUCCAUUGGCUUUCUCAGGUCCCACCAGGUCUCGACAGCAAAACUUGUCCACCAUUAAACAAGGGGAAGCUCUUCAUAUCUAAAACAAGCCCACCUGGUGUCUUAAGCGCAUACGCUCUGCAAUUCCAGCAGGAUUUCACAUCGUUUCUGAAUUCACGUUCUGAGGAAAUUGUGCCGGGAGGCCGUAUGGUCCUUUCUUUCAUGGGUAGGAGGACUACAGACCCCUCUACCGAGAAGAAUUGCCACCAGUGGGAAUUCUUAGCGCAAGCCUUACAGAAUAUGGUCAUCGAGGGUAUUGUUGAAGAAGAGAAGCUGGAUAGGUUUAACGCUCCCUACUACGCACCCAGUGGUGAAGAAAUAAAAGCUGCCAUAGAAAGAGAAGGGUCAUUCAUGGUUGAUCGCCUAGACAUCCUUGAGGUUGAGUGGGAUGGAGGUAGUUGCAAUAAUCAAGCAAGAAAUGGAAUGUUGAUUGAUCAUAAUCUGAAUGGUGCUCACCGCGUAGUGAAGACCAUACGGGCCGUGGUCGAGUCCAUGCUUGCGAAUCAUUUUGGAAGGGAGAUAAUGGAUGAAUUAUUUCGAAGGUAUAGCCACAUUGUAACUGACUACAUGUCCACAAAUAGAACCACGUAUGAUAAUGUGAUUGUUUCCAUGACAAGAAAGAGCUACUAGCUAGAGUCUAGAGACAGGUUGCAUUAUUAUUCUCUUGUCUUCUCUCACAGCUGCGUCGUGGAUAUUGGAGAAGUCAUUCCUGUUAGGAAAAUGAGUCUAGCUAGCUACCUCAUUUAAUUUACGUACUUGUCGUCGUCUCUAGUGGCUGAUUGGGUCUCUCUCUCUCUCUGGCACAUUAUCGUUUGU